AUGGAUUUAUCAGGAGUGAAAAAGAAGAGCUUGCUAGGAGUCAAAGAAAAUAAUAAAAAGUCCAGCACUAGGGCGCCUUCUCCCACCAAACGCAAAGACCGCUCUGAUGAGAAGUCCAAGGACCGCUCUAAAGAUAAAGGGGCCACCAAGGAGUCGAGUGAGAAGGAUCGCGGCAGGGAUAAGACUCGGAAGAGGCGCAGCGCUUCCAGCGGGAGCAGCAGCACCAGGUCCCGGUCCAGCUCUACCUCCAGCUCAGGCUCUAGCACCAGCACGGGCUCCAGCAGUGGCUCCAGCUCGUCUUCAGCUUCUAGCCGCUCCGGAAGUUCUAGCACGUCACGCAGCUCCAGCUCCAGCAGCUCCUCCGGCUCCCCGAGUCCUUCUCGGCGCAGACACGACAACAGGCGGCGUUCCCGCUCAAAGUCCAAGCCACCGAAGAGAGAUGAGAAGGAAAGGAAGAGGCGGAGCCCUUCCCCGAAACCCACCAAAGUGCACAUCGGGCGGCUUACCAGGAAUGUGACCAAGGAUCACAUCAUGGAGAUAUUCUCCACCUAUGGGAAAAUUAAAAUGAUUGACAUGCCUGUAGAAAGGAUGCACCCCCAUUUGUCUAAAGGCUACGCCUAUGUGGAGUUUGAGAAUCCAGACGAGGCUGAGAAGGCGCUGAAGCACAUGGACGGAGGACAAAUCGAUGGCCAGGAGAUCACUGCCACUGCUGUGCUGGCGCCCUGGCCCCGGCCACCCCCCCGGAGAUUCAGCCCUCCCAGGAGGAUGCUGCCACCUCCUCCUAUGUGGCGCAGGUCACCCCCACGGAUGAGGAGAAGGUCGCGCUCCCCGCGCCGUCGGUCGCCCGCGCGCCGUCGCUCCCGCUCUCCAGGCCGCCGCCGCCACCGCAGCCGCUCCAGCUCCAACUCCUCCAGAUAG